UUUCAAAAUCGUCGCACAACCACGAGCACACUGAUGACCAGUCUAGCAGUCUACCAGCAGACCAGUCUAGCAGCAGAAAAAAGUCUUUUUGAUUGAAGACACGCGCAGAACAACUAGGAUGGCGUCUGACUUAUCUCAGCUCAAGAUUGGUUUCAUUGGUGCGGGAAAUAUGUCCUAUGGCAUACUUAAGGGAAUCCUCAAGUCAGGUGACAUAAGCGCUGCAAAUGUCACAGUGAGUGCACCAUCAAUUAACAACUUCCCUAGAUUCCAGGAGAUGGGUGUGCAUGUCGUGCACAGUAAUGUGGCCGCUGUAUCUGGGGCUCAGUUGGUCUUUCUAGCGGUGAAGCCCCACUUCAUCCGUACUGUUGUCAAUGAAGUCUUGCCACAUUUAACAGAGCGACACACCAUCGUCUCAGUAGCUGCUGGUGUCACUCUGGAGACUCUCGAGCAACUCUUGCCGGCUGGAGUUGAAACUGUGCGCUUAAUGCCGAACCUACCCUGCGUGCUCCAGGAGGGGGCGCUGCUGUUCGCUAGGGGGUCAUGCGCCACACCGGAGACGGCCUCCAUGCUGAAGCACCUGCUGUCUGCAUGUGGUUCUGUGGAGGAGGGACCAGAGAGCUGGAUCGACAUUCACACGGGUCUGAGUGGCAGCGGAGUGGCGUUCGUAUACCUGUUUGCUGAGGCGAUGGCAGAAGGGGCCGUGAAGAUGGGUAUGCCCAGUGCGCUCGCUCAGCGCAUCGCUGCACAGACCAUGCUGGGUGCGGGCCGCAUGCUGAGGGACUCGGGGAAACCGGCGGCGGUGUUGCGAGGAGAGGUGUGCACGCCAGGCGGCACCACGAUCUAUGGCCUUCACGCCCUGGAGAAAGGGGGAGUGAGAUCGGCCGCUAUGUCCGCUGUGGAAGCUGCCACUGAGAGGGCACGAGAACUUGGCCGAAAGUAAUGUCAUGAACUCAUAGAACUCAAUCACACACAUAUCCUGCAGAAUUAAGCAUUGCUAGGUGUGUAGUUCACAAUAAAUGAACGUUUACGUUUAAAACAAGACUGUUGACAUCCAUACUAAAACCUACAUCUUUCUAACAAAAACAAAAAUGUUUUGAAAAUCAAAAGAAUGUUCCACCCUCUAACUGGAUGGUGAACGUGCAUGCUCCCUUACAACUUAUGCUGAAAUGUCAGAAACCAGAAGCGACAAAAGGUAAAAAGUGAACUCCCAUGAAAAUAACAUUUUAAUAUACACCUGAGAAUUGUACUUCAGAAAAAGUAAUAAAAUCCUUUGAGAUGAA